AAACAGCUCAAUAUCCAAAACAGUAUUCCAUCAAAUGCUGCUCACAUUGCUAUUGGUCGUAGCUGUGGCAACAGGGCAGGGCCCGGACCCCUCCCUGAGUCUGGCCAAUGAGAGGACUUCGAUUGAGAGGACCUACGAGUUGACCAUUUACCUGGAGCACCAGUUAAGGGAGAUAAAGCGCACCUAUCUCUCCUACCUGGGCCCCCCGUUCAGCGACCCGGAUUUCUCUCCCCCGCGGCCCAACAGCACGGCCCUGACUCUGCCCAGCGCGGCCACCCGUCUGGAGCUGUGGCGGGGCCUGGAGAACCGCGCUAGGCUGGCCCAGAACCAGAGGGCCUACUUUGUCCUGCUGGGGGCGGUCAGGGAGCUGGCCCGCUCCACCCUCUGCCCCUACCUCCAGACCUCCCUGCUCCACUUCUCCACUGGGCUGGACGGUCUGCUGGGGUCCAUAUCAGGCCUCAUGAGCACGCUGGGGUACGCCCAGUCCCCAGCAGGGGUGGAGGCGCAGUACCUGCCGAGGGACAUCGGAGGAGCCAGAGGAGCAGCAGGACGCAGGCCAGUGUCCAUGAUCAGUCACGGCCCCCAUGAAGCCGAGACAGGAGCGGGGCCAAGGAGCCAUGAAGAUCAGAGGGGUGCCCCGAUAGCCAGGGGGGGAAAAGAGGAGAACCCCAGGAGAGAGAUGACAGAGAGAAAGAGGGACAGAGAGAAGGACAGAGAGAGGGGGAGGGACGGACGGAGAGCGGAGGCAGCUGGGGUUGCGGUUAGGAGUGUGGGGUUCAGACAGGAGGAGAGGGGGGAGCGUGGGAGGAAAGGGCGGAAGAGAGGUGUGGAGGAUUGGGAGGAGGUCAGCGAUGACAGAGAGGAGGAGGAGUUGGAGAGAGAGGAAGGCAGGGAGAGAUGGGGACGGAGGAGAAGGCUGCUAAGCGUUUCAGAGGAAGGGGAGAUGCCAGACCAGCAGUCCUCCCACCCACAACAAAACCUCCUCGACGACAACAACAAACUGUUCAGCUACACCUUCCACUACCACCCCCAACCACCGGGUGGGGCCGGAGAAGGCGUGACCGAGGAGGAGCAAUACUUCAUCAGAGAGUCCUCCUCCAUCCUCUCCUCCUCUGCGUCUCUCCAUCCCCCGCGGCGCUCCUCCCGCUCCUUAUUUGCCCCCACCCUCCACCCACCCCUCUCCCUCUUCUACCCAUUCGAGGCAGGGGAGGGGCACACUCUGUUGUCCUCCUCCCCUCUGCUGGCCGUGCGGCCGGCUCUCAACGACUUCUCCAGGAAGGUGGAGGGUUUCUGGGUACUGAGGGAACUGCAGAGCUGGCUGUGGCGCUCCGCCAAGGACUUCACCCGCCUCAAGAAGAGACUCAGAGUCUGACAGGCGGAGAGAGGAGACGCACACACACACACUCACACACACACACUCACACACACUCACACACACUCAGCCAAUGACUUCACCCGACAAAAGAAGACUGUGAGUCUGAACGACUGAGAGAAGACACACACUCACACACACUCACACACACUCUGCCAAGGACUUCAGCCGCCUUCAGAAGAGACUCAGAGUCUGACAGACUGUGACACACACACACACACACACACUCACACACUCACACACACACAGCCUAAACAUGCACAAACUGAGACACACUGACGCCCAGAGAGCAAGCACACACACACACACACACACAUUGAACAAGUGUCUCUUGGAAAAUAGAUUUUAUCUCAAUGAGACAACCUGUAUAAAUAAAGGUUACAUACAAUUUUAAAACACACACACAUCUUGACAGUUUUGGAAUACCUACCUUGUACUGAACCGUGUAAGAGGGGCUUUCUGGGAGGACAUCAGCCAGGGCCAAGUGGCUCACUCGGGAUAGAAAAGGACCAAUUGUCUUCUUCUCUCAGCCUGGACAAUAUCUGCACUGUCACCAGUGACAUGACAUCAUAAUGCACAUGCCAUUGAUCUGCCAUUGGUACUGAUUUACUGGACAGAACGGCUCACAUCCUGGACAUUAAGGUGGUGGUCAAGCAGAUGGACAGCCACAUCAUUGACGAGAGCUGAUUCAGCAUUAGAGACUCAGUGAAUCACCAUUCAUCUGAACCCUGGGAGGAAAACCUUUAUGAAUGGAGAGAAACAGAGACAAAGAGAAGAAGAGGAAGAAGAGGACAUGGCAGGACGAAGAGGGGUUGAAAGAGCGGGGGGUCUGAGUCAAGGUCUGCUGACCACUAGCGACAUGGCGGGGGAGCGGGGGGAGGUUGCUGAGAAAUUAGAAAUGUGCCAACACCCACUGUAUCCCCGAAUGGACACCCAACACACACAAACACUCACGCAUUUCCAGGCGUGGAAGUCAUUUGUGUGGCCGCCUAUUUCUGAGUUCCUCACAUUUACAGACCUCACAAAGCACCCCCCCCCCAAUCCCAGAAUGGUGUGUUUCAAAAUGCCCCUUCGAUCUGGGACAUCACAGCUCAGCGUCCUGGUUCAAGUGUUUAUGUAUGUGUGAAGUCUGCGAUGAGACUUCUUGAUCUGUAGUAUUUAUUGAGUGUUACGUUUUAUUUAUUUUCUGAAUAAUACUUUUCUGUCGUGUCGCAGGGGGAUGGAAAAUAAAACUUUUU